UAUAGGGUAAAUAAGUAGCUUCGAGUUAACUCGGCUGAGAAUUUGAAGCAGAGAAAGAAGCCGAAAUGAAAUUCACGGACUCACCGGUUAUAGAGCUUCAAGUGCGCGAUUCCCAUCUCUCUAUCCAACAAGACAAUGGCUCCUUCCACGUGGGCACCUCCGUCUGGCCUUGUUCGCUAGUCCUCGCCAAAUUCGUGGAGCGCUGGGCACCGCCGUCGCCCGCUACGACCGGCGCUAAUAACCCUUAUUCCGAACUCCUCGAUUUCCACAGCUUCCGCCGUCGUGCCAUCGAGCUAGGAACCGGAUGUGGAGCCGCCGGCAUGGCCUUCCACCUACUGGGUCUCCAGGACAUCAUCCUCACCGACAUAUCCCCAGUCAUGCCCGCCCUCAAACACAACCUCAAACGCAACAAACCCAUUCUGGGGAAGAACCUGAAGACGUCGGUUCUUUAUUGGAACAACAAGGAUCAGAUCAGGACCGCUAAUCCUCCGUUCGAUUUGGUGAUCGCGGCCGAUGUAGUCUACAUCGAGGAAUCGGUGGGACAUUUAGUGGGGGCUAUGGAGGCUUUAGUUGCCGACGAUGGGGCGGUUCUGUUAGGGUACCAGUUGAGAUCACCGGAAGCCGAUCAACUGUUCUGGGAAAUGUGUGAAAAUGUUUUCGUGAUCGACAAGGUCCCGCAUCAGGAUUUGCACCCUGAUUACGCUUAUGAGGAGACCGAUGUUUAUGUUUUCAGAAAGAAGAAGAACAGCAAUUAGCCUGGUAAGUUUUGGACCGAAUAUGUAUGUACACUACUGAAAUUUGGCAAUCGGGUAUAGAAAUUAUCCAUUUUUCUAGUGAAUGCCAAUAUAAGCAUAUAUAAUUGAAACUUCAAUAAUUGCUCCUUAGACUGUUUGCAGCAGAAAAAAAUGUGGGCAUUGGACUUUGCAAUCUUUAGUUGAACUUGUCAUUUGAUUAUGCAAAGUCCUGAACAGGAUUUUGUCUCUUGUCGAA